CCAGCUCGCAACACACCCCAUCGGCAUAUAUACCCUCGUCUCCUCUAGCAUGCCCUCCACUCUGGUGCUCUAAACGUCGAGCAGCGCGACUUAACUCUCUGGUGGACAUCAUUCCCUCUACGAAUUCGCGUCAGAACUUCGAUCAGCCGAGACGCUAGCGCAUAAUGGAUCACGACAACCACCCUGCGCUCCCGCCCGACAGCCCUCUGAACUCAUUCCUGAACGAUGGCAUGCUGCUCCUAUCCAUGCCCGGUCCACGGCUUCCGUCAAGAGACCCGACAUACUACAUCAACGAUGGCAACAGCGUCCUGCUCGUGGAGAACACGCUCUUCAAGGUGCACCGCUCGGUCCUGACGAAGGACAAGUCCGCGUUCGAGACGAUGUUCCAGCUGUCGGGCGAGACGGACUCGGCGCGCUCGGACUCGAGCAUGACGACCACGCAGGAGGGCGAGAGCGACGACAACCCCAUCAGGCUGCAGGGCGAUACCGCGGACGAAUUCCGUGCACUCCUCUGGGCGUUAUAUGCGCUACCGCACGAGCUCACCACCGCAAUGUCCGGGGAGGCCGACUGCACGCUCCUCGUCUCCCUCGUCCGAAUUACCCACAAGUACCAGUUUCGCAACAUCAUGACAUGGGCCCUCUCCGCGCUGCAUCACUUCUACGCGCGCCCUGGCGCGUUCGACAACAUGCUUACCAGGGCCGCGUCCCCCACGCCCGGCGUGCCCACUCUUCCGCAUACGGGGCCCCUAACUCCCGGUCCCUCGCCCGCGCACCCACCGACGCUCGUGCAACUCACGGAGCUCGCCGCGCUUUGCGAGCGAGCGGACCUACUGGAAUGCACAGUCGCACAAUGGAAGCGGCUGAUCGGCGAGCGACACGACCUGGCGCUCGCGCUCACGAUCGGGGAACGCUUCAACCUGCGGCCCGUCGUCGGGCUCGCGUACCACGCGCUUAUGCUGCGGGGGAAGGCGCACUGGGACGCGGAGCGCGCCCUGACGCGCGCGCAACGCGUGCGCCUGCUCGCAGGCUUCUACGCGCUCACGAAGCUGUGGGAGGUGCUCCCCGCGCAGCCACCACCGCUCACGCACGGGGCGCGGUGCGCGAGCCAGCAACGAUGCACGAAGGCGUUCGGGACACUUUGGCGCACGGUGCUGGAGACGGGGACGCAGGUGAUGCCGGGGAUUGCCCGGGAGGAUCUGCUGGGGAAGAUCAUGCUCGCGGAGAGCGUGAUGAAGGCAAUGGUGGGCGGCGAGAUCCCGAGCCAGGGCUUCUUGGACGGCAUGCCGCAUUGCAGGGAGAGCGCGUUGGUGGCGACGACGAUGCGCAUGCGGGAAAUCAAAGAGUCGCUCGCGGACUACUUCUCAGACGACUUCUAGAUUUCUGAGGUUGUAUGGCGUUGGGCUUUUUCUCUUACUUGGAGGCAUAGGGGGAUGUGACACACACACGGAGGUUGCUUAUGUAUUCGCGCCGAAAUAGACACCUGUACUUACUCGCGGACUGUGUACUCAUACCCUUGGAGGAUUGUAU